UGGUUCUGCUACUCCUUUAGCGCCGGCGAAGUCUCGAGUCUAUCCUGUUAUCUUUCAGUCUCGACGCACGAAUUUAGGGGGAACUAAUUACUUUUCCUUCUUAUUAUAGGGUGUAGAACCCAACGGUUCUAAGACACUCUUUCCCAAUAUUGCACCGUUCAAGCCCACGAGAAUCACACGAUCCAAAUCUCGAUCUCGAUUUACAUAACUAUCAUAACUGAUAUUAAACUACGAAUUAUACCCGAACACACUUAUACAUACAUACACACCGACGAAGAGAACAUAAAUUCGCUGGCAACGAUCACAUAACCAAUGGCGCAGCCGGCGAAUCCCUCUCGCUCCGACAAAUGGAGCUCGCUCCUGUCGCGACUGAAUCCGAUACCAGGCUUCGCAGACUACACAGGGCCUUACAAAGUCGGUACCGUCGAUGUUGAAAUACCUGUCACGGAGCUUGAUUCCCCGGCUCCUGCACCGGACAACGCAGCCGGUAUCGAGACGGUCCAAUUCCGAAUAUUCUACCCGGCGCAACCGGAAGCCCAAGGCAAGCGCAUAACAUGGCUGCCAGCUCCCCAGCGCGAACAUCUAUCUGCCUACAUACAGUUUCUUGGUGUCGGCCAGAUGCUGGCACAAGCUGUAUCCUUCCUCCCUAGGCACCUCCAUUACACAUCCAUACCCGUGAUCAAGAACGCCCCAGUCCUCGAACCCAAUACACCGAACGGACGAUGGCCCACAGCCAUAUUCUCACACGGGCUAGGCGGUAGUCGAAACGCAUAUUCUCAAAUCGUCGGUUCUCUAGCUUCUCACGGCGUAGUCGUGAUCUGUCCCGAGCACCGAGACGGCAGCGCCGUAGCCUCGUUCAUCCGAAUCCCGGACCAACAGCAUCGAUUCUUCAUGCGCAACACGCGGCGCGUAGUGCCCUACCAUCGAAUCGCUCACGACCCGACCGAUGAGGUGUACGCCCUGCGUAAUGACCAGCUACGGAUUCGGUUGUGGGAGAUGGGAUUGAUACACGAGGCUGUACUAAACGUGGACAAGGGCAUUAAAAUGACCAACCUAAACAAAAGCACGCCUUCUCUUGCGCCGUUUGUGGGCCAAUUACACGUGCACGACCCGGGCAGCAUAAUCUUCAUGGGCCACAGCUUCGGUUCCGCGACAACCGUCCAAUUCCUCAAAUCCGUAUUCUACGCCGGCCGUCCCGAACUAGAAUCAAUGUCGGAACCACUCUACGUACCCUCACGGGACUCAUCAAUAUACCGGCAAAUCACGCCCCAAAACGUAACCAUCUUACUCGAUAUGUGGUGUGUCCCCCUCCUCGCCAAAACCACCAAACCCCUCUGGGACCUCCCACUCCCCGUAUACGCCGACGACCCCUCAUCCCCAGGCGGCACCGCCCUCCUCGCAAUCGAAAGUUCCGAUUUCUUCAAAUGGAAAGCGCACCUCCACGAAACAGCCCGCGCCCUCUCCCCAGACCCCUCCGCGAAAACAGUCCAAGCAACAGCGUUUUACGCCUCCGGCGUUAAACUCCCGGAGCCGCAUUUCUUUUUCGUGGAGCGCUCGGCGCAUCUUAGUCAAUCUGAUUUCGGGGUUCUGUUUCCUUGGUUGACCAGGAGGGUUUUUGGGUCGGAGGAGCCGGAGCGGGCGCUUAGGUUGAAUCGGAGGGCGCUUUUGCAGAUGUUGAGGGGGAAUGGGGUACAGGUUGCGCGGACUUGGAGUGGGGAUUUGAUUGAUGGGGCAUUUGAGGGGAAGAAAUUUGGUGGUGUUAGGGCGGUUGGGGAGAAUGCUGGUGCGGGUGAGGGGGUGAGGGAGUCGGAGGGAACCGGGAAUGAGAGUACGAUGGCGGUUGUUAGUGAGAGUGAGAGUGGUAGUGAGGAUGCGAAGUUGGUCGUGGAUAGAGGCCCCGAAGACGGCAUCUAUGAUGAUCGCGCGAUUUUGGAUCGUAGUGGACAUACUACGGUCGAAGCGUGGAAUUGGAUCGAUAUUGUUGGUAUGGGCGAAGUCGCAGAUGACGAAGACGCGGCCCGGGAAACGGUUGCGGUGAGCGAUGGUGAUGAGACUACGCAGGCUGAGACUGAGGCUCAGGAGCCCGAUAUGGCGGGUGUGAUUGAACCACAUGCUACUGAGGACGCGGCUGCUGCUAAGGUCGCGGCUAGGACUGUUGGUGUGGCUACGGCGUAGAUUGAUUAGGGAUAGGUGAUAAAAUGCUUGGAUUGGGUGGUCUUCUCUACUUUGGGCCAGUACUGGUGUUUGGAUUGGGAUAUGCAUAAUAGAUACAGGAUUAAGGGCUAAGGAAGGGAAGGUAAUGCUGAUCACAAAAAAGGAGUGUGCUGAUUGAAAGCUCAGCGGCUACGAGGCGUCUUGAGAAGGAAAUACUUUUACUACUACUACUGAUAUAGG